AGCACCGGAAGAAAAUAUGGGGAAAGGUGUGUUUUGAACAAUACGCGUCGUUGUCUGUCAGUCUUCCCAUUUAAGCCAAUGGGAUGGCUGGCUGAUUAAAUUAGGUCCGCCUUAAUCUACCAUCUUUCUGGUUGUUGGGCGAGUCGCUGAGCUGUCGAAAAGGGUUCAGGUAUGCCGCAUUAUCAGACCUGGGAGGAGUUCACUCGCGCGGCUGAGAAACUCUACUUAUCCGACCCCAUGAAGGUGCGUGUGGUACUCAAGUACCGGCACUGUGAUGGAAAUCUUUGUAUCAAAGUAACAGAUGAUGCAGUGUGUCUUCUCUAUAGGACAGACCAAGCUCAAGAUGUAAAGAAGAUUGAGAAAUUCCACAGUCAACUGAUGCGACUCAUGGUAGCCAGAGAAUCUCGCAGUGUUGCCAUGGAAACAGACUGAAUAGCUGGAGAUAAAAUGAAUGCUCAGUCAUCUUUCACAGGAAGAAACCCACUUUGGGCAAAUUUUGGAACAGAAUAAGUGUGGCAUCAAGUGGACUAUCUGAAAUAGAUUUUGUAAGGAUUUCCAGGUUUCACUUCAGAGUGGCUAGGAAAUGUUUUGCUUUCAUAAGAAAGCCUAUUUAUUUUUGUUUUAAUUUGAGCAAAUAAAUGUCUUCUGCAGAAAACAGUGAAGGUAUUUUAGGCCACAUUUCGGUAUCUUGUGUAAAUAUUAAGUGCUCUGUCUUAAAAAGAAAGGUGCAUUGCAAGAUGCCAUUCAUACAGAAGGACUUCCAAUUACUUGUCUUGUUUGCUAAUACAAAAAUAAUAUUUAGUUUCUGAUGUAAGCUUUAUAUAUGAAUAUAUUAGUAAUAGCACCUUCCAGAAUGAAUUAAAAUUGCCAAACGAUAA